ACCUCUGGGUGCUCCUCCUCUUUAUUCUUCUGGUUUGUCUUUCCAUAAUUCAUUCACUGGCGCCACUCUUUUUGGACCCACCGUAAGGAUUGCCUCAGUUAAAAUUUUGAAUAUUAACAGGCCAUUCAGAGCAUUGGGAGACACUGAGACUGACAUUGCUGCAGUGUGUGUGAAACGGUUUGCUGUAUAUUACAUAAACGUAUGUGUAACAUAUAAUGUAGCAAGCUGAAAAAGCUACCGAGGACUCAAGACAAUUACAAAAGGUGGAAUAAGUGACCCAUAGUUUACAAUAUAGGGAACUAUUAAAAGUACCAACAGACACAGUUUACCAUCAAUUCAGUCUUAGAUAGUAUACAUGGCAUCUGUGAGGUCACUUCUUAUUCGCCCAUCAUUCCAUCACUUACUGUCAGUCCGUCUCCUGGGAACAGCUGCUCCCAGAACACUAAAUGGAAAGCGCCUUGCAGUUUGCCCUUUCCCGGGUGGCAGUGCCCGCCCAGCAGCCCUGAGCUUUGAGGAUUCCAGUGCCUUCCAUGUGAAGAGCCUUCGAGAGCUGGUUCGAGCUUUGGGAGUGUUCAAAUUCUGCUCAUUCCCUAUCCUGGUCAACAACAGUGGAAAGCUUAUGUCUCUUGCUCGCUCUCUCCUGGGUAAGAGAGGUUUCUCGCUGAUUCUCCGGCCCACAGUCUAUGCCCAGUUUGUUGCUGGGGAGACUGAAGGGGAGAUUGCUGUUGCCAUGGAGAAAAUGAGCUCAUUGGGACUGCGCCCUAUGCUGGCUGUGCCUAUUGAGGAGGACCUUGGAGAAAGCACAGGGGAGCGUCGCUACAAUGACAACCUUGAGGCCAUGUUAGAAUGUGUGCGAUUAUCCAGUAGCAAUGCUUUGACUACAGAUCCCAUGAUGCAACUGAAGAUAACUGCACUACUAAGCCCAGAGCUUUGUGUCAAACUGACAUCCCUUCUGUCAGAAGAACAGUAUGAUCUAGAUCUUCUGGUCAGCGCCAUGGAUGGAGAGCUUAUCAACUUCUCCGGUUUAACAGAGAGUGAAAAUACGCACUUUCUCUGUGGCCUCCAGAGACUGAACAAAGUGGGAGAGGCAAGUGUCAUGAAGGUACGGGUUUUGGUUGAUGCAGAAUACACCUACAUGAACCCUGCCCUCGCCCUCAUAACCAUGGCAAUGAUGAAGAAGUUCAAUCAGAAGGAAGCCUGGAUCUGGAACACCUAUCAGUGCUACUUGAAGGAAUCAACAUCUUGCUUGCUUGAUGCGAUCAAUCAGUCUGUCAAUCAGUCCUUCUGUCUGGGGGUGAAACUUGUGCGAGGGGCUUACAUGGACAAAGAGAGGAAACUGGCCAAUCAAGAGAGUAGGCCAGAUCCCAUUCAACAGUCAUGGGAGCACACCAAUGACAGUUAUAACGGCUCUCUGGACAUCUUAUUGGACCUGAUAUCCCAGCAUCCCCAGCGUUUUCGACUCAUUGUGGCAACGCACAAUGAGGAGUCAGUCAGACAUGCAGUUUCACGGAUGGCAGAGUUGGGCAUAGACAAGCAAGCUGGCUCAGUGUGUUUUGGACAGUUGCUGGGGAUGUGUGACCAUGUCUCUCUUACACUGGCCCAGCAGGGUUACUUGAUAUACAAGUCUAUGCCUUAUGGCUCAGUGGACGACACGCUGCCCUACCUGGUGCGCCGCGCCCAGGAAAACCGCACCGUGCUGCAGGGCAUCCGCAAGGAGCGUGACCUCCUGAGACAGGAGCUGAGGAGGAGACUGAGACUGACUGGAGGCAGAUAGAGGGAGGAGUGCAGGGAAAGGUGGAGAGACAGGGGCUGUCCGAAUAGGACAAAUCAGCAUCAGAGAGCUGGAAGUCAGCGUGAGCAUGGAAGAAAUCUCGUAAAGUGCCGAAUUAAAGACAGGGAAAGUUCAGAUAAAUUAUAUUAUAAUCAUGGGAUUGAAGGCAAUGUACAGGGAUAAGAGUUGGGUUGGAAGGAUGAUUUACGUAUCAUUAGUAUUUUUAAUUCAAUAAACUGUCAAAUGAGAAUUUAACUUUUUUUUGGAAACAAUUUUUCAUUUGCCUUUGUUUUAGAACUUAAGAGGAAUAUAUAUAAUUAUUUCUGUUUUAUUGCUCAUCUGGUAAAUAAAACACAACAAAAGUUAAAACAUAUUACUAAAGAAUUCACAGAUUCAUGUUUGCAUUCAUGAAUUGUAAUCUCAAACAGAUGUAUUGCAUUUUUUCUUUUCAGAAGAAGUCACAGUUUUCCAACCCAUUCUGUCUUCUCUUAAGAAUGUUUGAAACCAAAUGGAAAGAGGGGGAGUGCAAGAAGGGUCAUUAUCACCUUGUUACUAAUUACCAUCCCUCUCCCACUCCAACAAUGCUUCUCAGCACUAAACUGAGAACAAAUGUGUUUUUUAUUUUUUCUCUUUAUUUUCUUUAGAUGGACCGGUGUCACAGAAUAUACAUACUAAAAGACAAUUUCAGACACAUUAGAGUGGGCAGACAAUGUAAAAAUAAGACUGAGACUGCGAUUAAAAGGGUCUUAUUGAAAAAACAAUAUAAAUUGAGAAAAUUGUGAGUUUCCAUACCUUUUUCAGCUUAGUUCUCAGUGUCUGCUUUUCCCCCUGCACAGAUAAAAAGGUUAAUGAAUAUGGAAAAUGUAAGCAUUUUAUUAUGACUGAUUUAACUCAUGACAGCUCCUAAAUGUUAAUUUUAAAAUAAGUUCAGGUCAACCACUGUUUAAGUAAGAAGUGCUCUAUAUUUGGUAGUGUUGAGUGUAAACAUAUGAAGGUGUGUAAGUCUAAUCACUGCAAAGCGAGGGACUGAAAAAAGUCGCAUAUCUGAGUUGAAGCUGGUACAGACUGGCCAGAAAACUGGUGGUCAAGAAAAUCUGCCAAUUCACUAAGCAAAGGCCUCACAUAUGGGAUUUAGCCAGGAGCUCUUCCUCUGAGUCUGUCUUCAUUCAGAAAUUUGGUCAGCCAUUAGCAAUCAACCUUUAACCAGUGAGCCAAACAGCCGCUGCACUGGGUGAACCAUUUGAGCCUUGCAUGGCAAGUUUACACAGCAGCAGCAGCAGCACUGACAGUGUUCUCAGCUUUCAGUAAUAAAACCAGGAAGCAAGCGUAAACUAUCCUGCAGAAGCAAAUGAAAAUUGGAACUAGAAGUUGGAACACACACACAAGCACAUGAUUAGCCAAAAAUAUAAAAAAGUUAUGGUAUAUUAUAGGGUUACAUGGAACUGUAACACUAAAAUGUGUAUUACAUCUAGUACCACUUUUUGCCUUCUUUGCUCUUGUCAUUACAUUUGCUGUUUUGGAGUGCUAAUUUCUGAUUGCUUUUCACUGAUUUUCAAAUGUUCACUGCAUUUUUCCUCAUAGACAGCUGAUUUUGUUCUUCUUGUGGGUUCAGAGAUGGGGUAGUAAUGUGUAUGUAUGUACUGCUGUAUCUAACGGUAUAUAAUGGUAAUUAUCUGCAGGGAUUGCUAGCCUUAGCUCACUGAUGGUUGUGUGUGGGGUACUGAAGAGAAGAACAUGAAGAAGCAAUGCAUGUGAAAUGUCUAAUGUACACUGACAUUUAAAAUUUCACAUUUUAAAUUAUUUUUAAAUAAGAAUAUCCUAAAUGUUUUCCGUAGUAUUUUCUACACACAAAGAAAAAAUGACGAAAUAAAAUUAUAGAAAAAGGUAA